GCGACUUGCCAAACCCGACGUCAUCGAAUGACUGAAAUCUCGCGAUAUUACAGCGCCUACCGCCGCGUCUUCCUUUUCCGGGACACUCUCAAGAUGGCGGAUGUUGAACAGAAGAAGAAGCGCACCUUCAGGAAAUUCACCUACAGAGGUGUGGACCUGGACCAACUGCUGGACAUGUCCUACGAGCAGCUGAUGCAGCUGUACUGUGCCCGGCAGAGGAGAAGGCUGAACCGUGGCCUCAGGAGAAAGCAUCAGUCCUUUCUGAAACGGCUCCGCAAGGCCAAGAAGGAGGCACCACCCAUGGAGAAACCUGAGGUUGUGAAAACUCACCUGAGAGACAUGGUCAUCCUGCCGGAGAUGGUUGGCUCUAUGGUCGGCGUGUACAACGGCAAGACCUUCAACCAGGUUGAAAUCAAGCCUGAGAUGAUCGGUCAUUACCUUGGAGAAUUCUCCAUCACAUACAAGCCUGUUAAGCACGGUCGUCCUGGUAUUGGAGCCACUCACUCUUCCCGCUUCAUUCCUCUGAAGUAAAGAGAAAUUGAAUGUGUAAAUAAAAGCCUCCAAAGCUUC